AUGUCUUCCCCAAGCAGUAAUACGUCACAGUGUCUCCAUGUUUUGACUAAUUAUAACCAGAUUGCCAUUGAUGUCACACCUGAGGGCGACUGUGUCACAAACAAGCUUGAUGAUGAUGAGGUGUCAGAAGGGGAUGUAAAACUACAAAAGGCUAUCGAGGAAAUGAAGAGACUUGAUCAAAUUCUGUCACUUAAGACGUUUCAAAGUCAAGAAGCCAAGCGACUGAGAAAGGACCGCAAAGAUCAACUUUGGCAAGAACUAAUGCAGGAUACACCAAAAGGGCGCUCUCAAUGUGCCCAUGAAGCAUUUAAUACACGGUCCUUUUUGGCUCUUGAUGCUAACUCUGCAAAAGUGCACCAAGACGCGCUGGACUUUCUACCCGUUUUUGAAACUGAGGCACCUGGUUGUGAGGAUGAAAGUUAUGUAAAUUCAAGGAGUAAUAUUUCUGCAGAGAUUGUAGAGUCACCUGAAGCACAAUUUGAGGAGUCUGAGCAAGUGUUUUUUCAAGAGAGGAGCUGCUGUGAUGUUUCCAAAAGCAAGAAAAAACACAAGGACUUUGUAAAAAAAAACAUUGAGCUGAUAAGCAAAGGCCAAGAUGUUUUAACUCAACCAGAGAAAGAGCGUCUGGAUGAGCUCCUUCGAGAAAUAGACCAAGUGGAGGACUGUCCCGCAGAUGCAGAGGAUGACUUAUGGGCCGUGUCAGUCUCAAGCGGAGUGGGAUACACGCCAGAGCCUCCGGAUCUCCAGCACCUUCAUGACAUUGACUCCCAGAUCAGACUUCUACUUCCCCUUGAAGAAUUUGCCUCUUUGCAAGCAUCCCUAUCAAAUCUCAGUGAGCUUCAGGACGGUGGCUCGGAGACUGAUGGGGACUCGCUGCCAGGAGAGAAGGCCCUGGAGGAAAUAAAGGAGAGGAGACGACUCCAGGAGAUUCAACAGCAUCUGCAGAGGCUGAGCUACGGCCAAGAUGUGACUGAUGAGGACUUGGGCCUGACAGAGGGGCAGCUGCAAAGUCUUCUGGAGGAGUGUGAACUGGCUGAAACCCGGUCCAGAGACGUGGACGUGGACACGGAUACGGACACAGACUUUUCUCCACGCUGA